UCUUGGACCAAUUGUCAUCGUUUGACAUUCUCCCAAUUGGAAGAAUGCAUAUUUUUCGCUUUUGUUCGCCACUUUCAGCAAAUUUCUCAAUUUAUGUGUGUGUUGUGUGGAAAAUCGACAUCGGAUGCAAAAUUUUUCGAAGCGAUUUUCAUACGAAUUUCGUGGCUGCUGUGAAAUACUCCAUAAGUCGAUAAGUGUUUGAAAAAGCUAAUAAGAAAAGUGGUGUGACGGGCAUAAAACAUUUGAAUUGGUUUAAUUUAAACUGAGCACACAGCUCUGGUGAUUGGGAAUUUUUAAGAAUUUGCAUCUUCCUCUGAACUUUAGCAUAGUUACAUAUUUAAAGACACAAAAAAAAAAAAACACCAAGAAAGAGCAGUAAUAAUAGUUGUUGAAGCGGUGGAGCAGCUGAAGCAGCACCAGCCGCAAAGGCAGGAACGACUUUUAUAUAAACGGCAGCGAUCAAGGAUUAUGGAUCACAAGAAAUCUCCAGUAAGAAGACAGAAGCGACAAUCGAAAGCGAUCGAGGAAAAUUUCUGGGACUGCAGCGUCUGUACGUACAGAAAUACAGCUGAGGCAUUUAAAUGCCGAAUGUGCGACGUGCGGAAAGGAACUUCCACACGCAAGCCACGCCUAAAUUCAGCACUCGUCGCCCAACAAGCUGCCACCUUGCCCGGAGCAUCAGGGACCAUGCCCAACGGAACCAAAUCUGCAUCGGGUUCGCGGCACAGCGCCGGACACGAAAAGAAUAAACACAAAAAGUACCCAGCCCGUUUGAAGAACGUGGACCGCUCGACGGCACAAACGCGCGAAGUCACCGUCAAUUCGGUGACAGUGUUCAUUACCGAAUAUAAACCCAAGCCAGUGGGCAGUCGACGCGAAUCCAGUGAGCAGAGUUUUAGCGAAAGCAAUGAUUCGCGGAGUUAAAUUCACUUAGCUAUCACCGAGAAUAGGCAACAAUUGAAUUCAAAUAGCAAAAAAGAUAUUAUCAUCGUAUUUUAUUAGAUAAGUUUAUAAGAGAAUUGACACUGUAACUAGGCAAAAAAAACACGAUUUUAGCUAACCAAGGCCACGACGAAUAUAUAAAAUGUAAUAUUUGCAUUUGCGAGUAGUUUUUUGUAAACGCGUUUGUUUGCAUAUGACUGUUGCUGGGCACAACCACAACCACUAUUGGAACGUGCCGUCAAGUCGGAGUAUUGCAUUAUUUGUUGGACAAUUUUGUACAUCAACGAAUUUGAGUUUUGGUAUUGAAGCAUAUGAAAACAAAAAGAACAACAAACAAAACAAUUAUGAUGUGGCACGGACUCAGAAAAGGGGACUUGUGCUCCUCCUAAAAAGUGCAUCAAAUAUAAACUGUGCUGCAACACUGCCUUCAGUUCACGGACUAGAUGUAAUAGCCAGGGCAUUUCACUUAGAAACAACUUUAAAUGGCAUAGAAAAUAGUAAAGUAGCAAAUAAGUACACCGAACAAAAACCGUAAAUGAUAAAAAUGAUAACCUAAAGCAAACGCAUCUUAAACAUAAAAAAGUAAAAAAAAGAAAAAAAAAUAUAUAAGUGACCAGCAGCAACACCCGAAACAAUAAACGGCUCAUAACUGGCAAAUCCCUAUGACCACGCCGCAGCACUCCGCAUACGAAUGAACAGCAUCCAACCUAUUAUAUGUUUGAGGUUUCACGUGUUAAGCAAGAAAUAUUUUAUUGGAACUCAGCUAACAUAUUUUGUUAGUACUAUUUUUAUGUAACUCAAUGGCUUAUCGUAAAGUUAUACAAACCUUAACAGAAAAAAAAACAAAAACGUAAAAACUUCCUGUAAGAAAAAACAUUUAUUCCACAUACUUUAGGUUAUUUUGUAUUUAGUUUAUAAGUGUAUAAAAUGUUUCUGUAAAUUUCAUGUACAAGUACAACAACUAUCAAUUAUUGUAUUUAAUAUUAAGUUGUUAAAGCAAAACUAAAUAGUUAUCAUAGUCCCUGUGCAUAUUUGUAAAGCUAUUGUAAAUAAUGUAAGCGUAUUUUAGUUUUAUUCUACAUGAAGUCGACCAAGUCCUAAUUGGUGUUGAAAAUGUAAACUCAUUUAACUACUUACAAAUGUGCAAAAAGCUGAGAAACUUCAGUACUUGUUGUUGUAGGAAACAUUUUUUCUUUUAAACGCGUGCAAUUGAACGCUUCAAAUUAUACAAAAAUUGCCAUGACUUUCGAAUCUACGAAACGGCUAAUGACUGUUACUUCAGCAGCAUUACCCAACAACUUUUCGGUAAAACCAACAAAACAACAAAAAUUAAGUUGAAAAAUAAUCAGCAAAAAUGGCAUUGAAAAAUAAUGAGCAAAACUAUGUUUAAUUUGAAUGAAAUUUUUUUAUUUGAAACUCAAAGAUUUAAUUAAAAAUAAUCAGCAUAAAUAUUUUCGAAUAUGAAAGAAUACCAAAAAUAUUUUUGAAUAUGAAUGAAUUUUUUUUUUAUUUGAAAUUCCUACAUUUAAUAAAAAAUAAUCAGCAAAAAAUUUUUUUAUAUAAAUGCAAUUUUUUUAUUUGAAAUUCAAACAUUUAAUUAAAAGUAAUCAGCGAAAAUUUUUUGCAUAUGAAAGAAUUUUUUUUAUUUGAAAUUCCUACAUUUAAUUAAAAAUAAUCAGUUAAACAAUAUUUUUAUUUGAAAUUCAAGCAAUUAUAUUAAUUAAAAGUAAUCAGAAAAAAUAUUUUUGCAUAUGAAUGAAAUUUUUUUUUAUUUGAAAUUCCUACAUUUAAUAAAAAAAUAAUCAGGAAAAAAUUUUUUUAUACAAAUGAAAUUUUUUUAUUUGAAAUUUAAAUAUUUAAUUAAAAGUAAUCAGCAAAAAAUUUUUUUUAUGAAUGAAGUUUUUUUUUAUUUGAAAUUAAAACAUUUACUCAAAAAUAAUCAGUUAAAAAAUAUUUUUAUUUGAAAUUCAAGCAUUUAAUUAAAAGUAAUCAGAAAAAAUAUUUUUGCAUAUGAAUGAAAUUUUUUUUAUUUGAAAUUCCUACAUUUAAUAAGAAAUAAUCAGCAAAAAAAUGUUUAUAUAAAUGAAAUUUUUUUAUUUGAAAUUUAAAUAUUUAAUGAAAAAUAAUCAGCUAAAAAAUAUUUUUAUUUGAAAUUCAAGCAUUUAACUAAAAGUAAUCGGCAAAAAUAUUUUUCCAUAUAAAUGAAUUUUUUUUUAUUUGAAAUUCCUACAUUUAAUUAAACAAAAUAAUGAGCAAAAAAUUUUUUUACAUAAAUGAAAUUUUGUUAUUUGAAAUUUAAAUAUUUAAUUAAAAGUAAUCAUCAAAUCAAAUUUUUAAAUAUCAAUGAAAUUUUUUUUAUUUGAAAUUAAAACAUUUAAUUAAAAAUAAUCAGUUGCAAUAUUUUUGAAUAUCAAUGAAAUUUUUUUAUUUGAAAUUCAAACAUUUAAUUAAAAGCAAUCAGUAAAAAUAUUUUUUAACUUGAAUGCAAUUUUUUUUACUUGAAACUCAACAAAAUUUUUUAUAUGAAUGAAAUUUUUUUACUUGAAACUCCCACACUUAAUUAAAAAUAAUCUUCAAAAAUAUUUUUGAAUAUCAAUAAAUUUUUUUUAAUUUGAAAUUCAAACAUUUAGUUAAAAAUAAUCAGCAAAAAUAUUUUUGCAUAUAAAUAAAAAAAUUUUAUUUGAAUUUCAAACAUUUAGUGAAAAACUCAGCUAAAAAAUAUUUUCAUUUGAAAUGCAAACAUUUAAUUAAAAAUAAUCAGCAAAAAUAUUUUUAAAUAUCAAUGAAAUUUUUUUUUUUGAAAUUGAAACAUUUAAUUAAAAGUAAUCAGUUAAAAUAUUUUUAAAUAUCAAUGAAAUUUUUUUUAUUUGAAAUUCAAACAUUUAAUUAAAACUAAUCAGCAAAAAUAGUUUUGAGUAUGAAUGAUUUUUUUUUAUUUGAAAUUCAAACAUUUAAUUAAAAGUAAUCAGUAAAAAUAUUUUUUAACUUGAAUGCAAUUUUUUUUAUUUGAAACUCAAAAAAAUUUUUUAUAUGAAUGAAAUUUUUUUAUUUGAAAUUCCCACACUUAAUUAAAAAUAAUCUUCAAAAAUAUUUUUGAAUAUCAAUACAAUUUUUUUUAUUUGAAAUUCAAACUAACUAAAUGUUGAAAUUCCCACACUUAAUUAAAAAUAAUCAGCAAAAAUAUUUUUGCAUAUGAAUAAAAUUUUUUUAUUUGAAUUUCAAACAUUUAGUGAAAAAAUCAGCUAAAAAAUAUUUUUAUUUGAAAUUCAAACAUUUAAUUAAAAGCAAUCAGUAAAAAUAUUUUUUAACUUGAAUGAAAUUUUUUUUAUUUGAGACUCAAAAAAAUUUUUUAUAUGAAUGAAAUUUUUUCAUUUGAAAUUCCCACACUUAAUUGAAAAUAAUCAGCAAAAAUAUUUUUGAGUAUGAAAGGUUUUUUUUUUUUUUAUUUGAAAUUCAAAUAUUUAAUUAAGGGGGUAUUCUGGUCUAGACGCCUUUAUUUUAGGUAUUUUUAAAUCUAAGAUAAAAAAAAAUUAAAAACAUUUUUACUAUGCAUUUUUUUUAUGGUUUUUAUUAAUAUUGGAAAAGUAUAAAAAAAUUAAUAAAAAAAUCGUGGAAUUACAGGCCGACGGAGUGGGGGCUACAUAAAAACGGUGUUCCAUGGCUGACAUGAUUCCAACCCUUGCACUGAUCUAAAACAAAUUAAAAAAAUUCUUCAUUAGUUAGGAUGUCGUUAACGGAUUACGCCAAAUCAAAAAAAACAAAAAAAAAAAUUAACGAAAUGGCGUCAACUUAAAAAAAAAAUGUUUUUUACCCCCGCUUUUUACCUUUUCAAAUUUUUUAAAAAUACUUCAAACUUAAAUUUUUCAAAAUCCGAGGCAGGCGCGAUAGACAGAUGUAUAAUAAAAAAUUCUUAUCAAACUUCAAAGCGAUCGGUCAAGUAGAACUUGAGAUAUCAUGACGACCAUCUUAAAAAAAGUAGUUUUGAGAAAAUCGCGUUGGAAGUUUGAGCAACAAUUCCAAUAGGGAAAAUAAAGGGUGUGUGGGAUACAAAAGAUUUUCUGAAAAGAAAGAGUCCUCAAGUUGUUCGGUAACAUCUGCGAUUCGGUCGACUCGGCCGGCUUAGACGCCACAUCACAAAUCCGCUGUGUCUCCGAAAAUAAUUCGAAUUUUGAAAAAUCCGUUGAAGGGCAUAUUUUUGAAGGUCUAAACUUUGAAAAUAUGCAAAAAAAAAGAAAUCGAUUUUUUCAAAUUUCUAGACCAGAAUAACCCCUUAAAAAUAAUCAGCAAAAAUAUUUUUGCAUAUGAAUGAAAUUUUUUUAACAUUUAAUUAAAUUCUUUCGAAGUUACGUCUAUGACUUUAACGCCGUGUAAACUAUUUGUUUUAUAUACAACUUUAUACAAAUCAGUAGUAAAACCUGCCCUAGUGGGUAUUUAGUGGCUUUCUCAUAAAACGCAAAUGCUAUUUUCAGUUUUUCAAAAUUCCUACGUAAGCAUCCCUGCUGUUAAAUGCUGAACGGGCAAGCGUUCAUAUAAAGCAAGUUUCAUACAAAAUAGCAAAAUAAUUUUCUUUUAACAAAAAAGACUGAUUAUUCAUAUGAAAUACAGAUGAGAAUGUUUAAGUUUUCGUUUUAAGGCAUUGUUAUAUAAUCUAAUUGAAUACGUCGAUGCGUUAUUUUCUUUCAAAUGAAAUUUUACAUCUCUUAUAAUAAUAAUUGAAUACGAAAAUUAUAAAAAAAAAAUCAAUUUAAGAAAUUUGUAUUGUAUUAAUUAAGAAAAUUAGUAUUAUUAUUUUGUUACAGUAAGCGAAAAUCUGUAUAGAAGUACAGUUGCAGUCAUGAAAAUACGGACACCAGAGAAAUUGCCGUUUUACGCUGGUAGGUGAAAAUUUUUGUAGAUUUUUUUUUGGUUAAUAAUCUUGCGAAACAGCCUAUUAAGGGGGGAGCCUGGUUUAUGAGGUCUAAAAAUUGCAUCUCUUUGCGAUUUUUUUUAAGGGAAAAAUUAAUUUAGCACUGCAAAGUUGUUCUAUCUUUUAAUGAACUUUUAAAAAGUAUAAAAAAUUUUUGUACUGGUUAAAAUAAGUUGAAAAAAAUGUUUAACAUAGAAAUUAGUAGAGCGCUGCAACGCUGGAGUUUCCAACUGGCGUACAAGAUGCAGCUCGUAAUUAUUAUCUAAAGCAAACAAUUCAAAUGGAUUUCUAAUUAUCAUGAUUUUUUAUUCUAGAUGAACUAAGAAAACUGAGAGAAAUUCCAAAAUUUCAACUUUUUGGAGGUUUUAAAGAAAAAAAUUCACUUCAACUUGGUAUAAAAAUCUUGAAAAAAUUUUCCAUUUUCUAGUUCAAAUAUAUCUUUCUAUCUAUUUUGUUAGUUCAAAUAGAAGAGAAUUUAAUACUGAAGGGAACAAGCUAUGACUCAUUUCAAAAGGUUCAUUAGUUUUUUUCAUUCAUGUACGCCAAUUCAAAGAAAUCAUAAAAAUGAAGAGUUGAGAAAAGAAGAUAAAGUUUGUACUAUAGCUGUCCGGUCAUAGCGUAACUAUCUAACGCUCGCCUACCUUUGGCUUUGUAUCUACGGAAAUAUUGAGAAUUAGGCUCUGUAACUUUGUGUGAAUAUUCUGAAAUAUAUUAGGAAUCGCUUAAAAUCGAAUCGAAAAAAAAAAUUAUUUUUUUGACCUUAUAAACCAGGUUCCAUCCUUAACGCUUUUGCAACAGCGCUCGAAAUGCGCGAUGUACUCAAAAUACCUUGCAUCGGCAAAACUAUGAAAAAGAAUCUACUAAAAUUAUUAUUACUCUUAGCUCUUAGAAAAAGCUUUUUCUUCAUUUUGGUCUUUCACCGAGGUUCGAACCUACGUUCUCUCUCUGAAUGCCGAAUGGUAGUCACGCACCAACCCAUUCGGCUACGGCGGCCGAUUGCGGAUUAUUCCGCUGAAUGAUGCAAAAGUGUUAAAACAGAUGGGUUGUUGGUUGUUUGCAGUGUUCAUUCACCGAGCAUCCAAUUAGUGCUUCUACACCAUUUUGUGGCCACAUCCUCUCUACCAACAAGUUAUACCAUUAUUUCUUCACGUCUACAUCCCGUUUGUGCGAUUGGGAAACCUUAUAAGGGAGUUUACGGCUAUUCCGGCCAGCGCUUCGAGGUUUUUUAAAAAAGCGGCUUGCCAAGGGUUAACAUGCGCGCCAGACUAAAACAGUUUGCCGCAUCAAAAGUGUAAGAGGAAUUGCCAUAUUCUUGACUUAUUUCAGUCGUACCACUCAGAAUCUCAUAAUAACCUUGUGGCGGUUUAGUAUGCAAACAGACUUAAAACCCCGAUAGAGGCAGCAUCGACCGAAGAUUUGUCAAUGGUUAUAUUUUCCCCAUAGAUUAAAGAAUUUGGCAGCUCCAAUCUGUCAUUAUUGUAAAAUUCCCUAUCUCUUUUACUUUUCCCUGACGCUAUCAAACGAAGCAGUUCGUUCUAAGAGAAUAAAAUCCGCAAUAAUCCACUCGACAUCGCCUAACUGAAACGAAAGCCGUUUCAAAGCAAGAAGCUGUUUUACACACUUUUUGGGUGUUUGGCCGAGCUCCUCCUCCUCCUAUUUGUGGUGUGCGUCUUGAUUUUUCACAAAUGGAAGGACCUACAGUUUUAAAACCUUAAUUGAUACAGUUAAUGACGACGCCAAGAUCUUUGGGCUGAACAAUUGCAGGAUGUCUGAAAAGGUACGAGAAGUUCUUGAGGGGGAAGACCGUCGCGCCAACAAUGAUGAUGCCAUUUUUAAGCAAAUGGUUUUUUAUUAGGAGCUUUUUCAUGGCAAAAAUGCACACGUAGGUGUGGCAUUGCCUGCCGAGGGGCGACCGCAAGUAGAAAAAACUUUUUCGAUAAUUUUGGUGUUUCAUGCAUUUUGUAUACCGUCCAUCAUUUUGGCGCGAUACAACUGUGUCGUCUCUAUCGUCUCUAUCAAAACGGCGCUUCAGUGCUACUUGAGUAGUGCCAGACUGGCACUUCAACCAUUUCACCCAACUGUGUCGUCUUGAAUGAUGAGGUUAUUUUUCGUAAGAAAUCAAACUUUCUUAAAGUAAUCGGCGGUUCAGUGGCUGCUCUGCAGUGUACACUCUUCAACAAAGUUAGCUGUCCAGGGGGGCGGAGUAAAUAAUAGCGCGUAGCGCGUAGCUUCUGUCAGGUGUUUUUUGCCGAACUGCUCCUCCUAAUUGUGGUGUGCGUCUUGUUUUAAACAGACUGCGAACGAUCAAUAGCUUUUAUGAGGAUCUAUUUAUUUCGGAUAAGAGGAAAGUAGAAGUGUGACUCAAAGGGUGAUUUCUUAAGAGCUAUAGGAAAGUUUUUCAAAAAAAAAACACACGUGAAAUUCAGAAAAAUUCAUGAAAUUUUUAUUUAGAUCGAUAGUACAGUCCAUAUAAGUUAAUGUUUGAAGAUUAUUUCAUGCAAAUGUUGACCGCGACUGCGCUUCAAAUGGUCCAUCCGCUUCGCUUAGUCCAAUUUUGGCAUACUCUUUCUAAUGUUUCGGCUGGUAUCUUACAUAUAAAUGCUUUAAUGUUGUCUUCCAAUGCGUUAAUUGAAGCAGGCUUGUCUGAAUAGACAUGCGCUUUAACAUAGCUCCACAAAAAAUAAUCUAAAGGCGCUAACUGACAGAUUGACAGGUCCCGAACGUGAAAUAAAAUGUUCACCGAACUCGCCUCUCAACGAGUCCAUUGUUACGCGUGCUGUGUGGCAUGUGGCACCGUCUUGUUGAAACCACAAGUCAUGCAAGUCAAGCUCUUGCAUUUUGAGCAAAAAAAAGUUGGAUAUCAUUUCACGGUAGCGCUCACCAUUCACAGUUACGCUGCGAUUCGCAGCAUCUUUGAAGAAGUACGGUCCAAUGAUACCUCCAGCCCAUAAACCGCACCAAACUGUGACCUUUUCUGGAUACAUUCGUAGCUCUUGCAAUUCUUCUGGCUGAUCUUCACUCCAUAAUCGACAAUUCUGCUUAUUUACGUACCCAUUGAUCCAAAAAUAAGCUUCGUCGCUGAACACAAUUUUUCUAUAAAAAAGUGGAUCUUCGGCCAACUUUCCAAGAACCCAUUCACCAAAAAUCCUGCGUUGCGGUCGGUCGUUGGGCUUCAAUUCUUGCACCAGCUGUAUUUUGAAAGGCUUCACACCUAAAUCCUUUCGCAAAAUUUCCCACGUUGUUGAGUAACAGAGGCCUAAUUGCUGCGAAUAGCGACGAAUCGAUAUUUGAUGGUCAUCAUUAACACUGGCCGGUACAGCUGCGAUAUUUUCUUCAGUUCGCACUCUACGUAAGCGGGUUGGUGGUUUGUUGUCCAAUAAUGUAAAUUUGGUUCUAAAUGUAGUCACAAUAGCUCGCGAAUAGCCGCUUCAGUGGGUCGAUUAAACUGACCAUAAAAUGGAAGAAGCGCGCGAUAAACUUUCUUAACAGAACACGCAUUUUUAUAAUAAAAUUCAAUAAUUUGCAAGCGUUGUUCGUUUGUAAGACGAUUCAUGGUUAAAUUAUAGACCUAACUGAAGAUGUUUGACAGUGAAACAAAACACGAAACGUGCGUCAGCUGUUUAAACCAACUGUUUAAAAAGAUAAUAGCUAAAAAAUCACCCUUUCGAUUUUUUUUUUAGAUUCAAUUCUGAAUGGAGCUGCUUUUGAUAUAAAAAUGUAUUUUCUUUUUUUUUUGUUAAAAAAGUAUUCCACCCAACGAAUCUUAAAGCUGCUAAACCUAGUGGAAACUUCUAAGUACAUCACCUGAAUCACUUGUCCGUAUUUUGAUGACCUCAACUGUACCUAAACUAUUAUUUUUGAAAUAUGUAUUCUAAUUUUUUAUAUCCCCACUAAAUUUGUAUAAUUAAAUGAUUAUCACUUUUAAAUAAGCAUUUAGUUAAAGGUGUCUAAGUUGACUAAUUUUUUAAUGUAGCUAAUAAUUUGUUUUUUAAUAUGCAUAAGUACAUGAAUUCGUUUGUUUAAAAAUUUCGAAAUAUCAAUUAUUUUGUACUGUACGGCUAGCAGCCGCACCGAGCGAAGCGUAACUUGUUUUGUAAUUCACUAUUAAGUAAUUUUUAAUAAAAGGUACACUUGUUUCAAUUUGUAUUAUAUACAUAUGUACAUACACAUAUACAUAGA